GGAAAUAUGGGUAAAAAAGGAUAUGCUUACAUAACACGCAAAAAAGACUAUGAAACGAUUACUUUGGCACUCAAAGAUCCUCAGAAAAUCACACGGUUGGCCGGAAUUAUGGAAAGCAUAAAAAGGAAGACGUACACCAUCAAUACGCCGCACAUACAAGGAGAGUUUUAUCAAAUCAAAAGUGACACCCACCUCAAGGAGUGGUUGGGGGACGACUUCCCAGGAAAAAAAAGAUGGAAGACCGGCCCUGAGGCCUUGGCAAUCUUGUUCAACGCCUAUAGGUUGGACACAAGCGGUGCUCCACCAAGUACACCAAAAAGCCUCGAGGGGAAAGCCAGCGUAUUGAUCGCUAAGGCACAAUUCGAUAAAGACGGAUUCCUCCCUCAGGUGACCAAGGAGCAAUUCAUGGCUACCCCAAGGGCAAAGCUCGCCAGCAAGAGAGGGCGAGAGGAGGAUGAUGCCCAGGGGGACUCGCAGGAUUCCCACAUGGAAUCAUCCCAACACACAAAGAAGAGGAAACUCGACGCAGACGAAGAUACCACCGCCGUCCAGGCUGGGACGAAAGCAGGCCGCGGGAGCAGCGCUGUGUUAAUACGGCCAUCACAGCUGGAGGCAAACAAUGCAGAGGGAGCCAAGGGACAGCGCCCUGCCGGCGACCAGGGAGGAGGUGCAAUGAGCGGGCAAGGUGCCAAGACAAUUUUAAAGGACAAGGAGCGGCCGCACUCCAGUAAGGAGGCCACUCCAACAAACGAGCGCACACACACCGCACAGAACAAGCCAGAGGUCACAUAUCUUGAGACCCUCUACAAGCAGAAGAUCAAUACCAUGGGCAAGGAGAAGGAGCGGGCACUUGAGGAAGUCGCCGGCCAUGUUGCCCUCCAAGCCGCCUACAAGAAGGAGAAGUUGAGGCUGCUGGAGGAAAAUGAGAAGCUGCAGAAGGAGAUGAAGCAGGUCACAUAUCUUAAGACCCACUACAAGGAGAAGAUCAACACCAUGGGCAAGGAGAAGGAGCGGGCACUUGAGGAAGUCGCCGGCCAUGUUGCCCUCCAAGCCGCCUACAAGAAGGAGAAGUGGAGGCUGCUGGAGGAAAACAAGAAGCUGCAGAAGGAGAGGGAGGAGAUGCAGAAGGAGAUCCGUCAACUGCACCAGAAUAAGGAGGCAUCGCAGGAGAUCACGCUUGCCUUCAACCCUUGUGACAAUCAGACAGAGGCAGAUACCUCCGCAACGGGCGGCGCGAGUGACCCGCAGUUGGUGGACACUCUGAGGCAAGAGGUCGCGCGCUUGCAGAACCUGUGCGACCGACACGAAGCAGACGCUGAGCUCUACCGGGACAGGUACAUGAAGCUGAAGAGGGAGAAGAAAACCGCGAAGGAGAUGGGAGAGUUUGAAGGCACCUUUUCUUUUCCUCAGAUAAUCUAA